AUUUUGACUUGAAGUACGGGAAAAGUUUUGACGUAAACCCAGGAUGUUGCUGCAGUUUGAAAUUGUUACAAAAUGAAGGAAAGCAGUUGGAUGACCAGCACCAGUCUAAAUAUCCAGGGCAGUAUUGUGAGACAGGAAGAUGACCUAAUCUCGGCGCAAUCCAACACGCGCACUGAAUGUGGCAUCAAACGGCGUACGAUUCGCAGCCAGAAUGUGGUCCACCGACUUAUGCAAAGAGAGACCCACAUAGCUAAACCUGGCACCCACUUCCACCAAGCACGACAGUUUUACACAAAUGUCUUUCCUAAUUAUACAGUGAUAAAUGUAGAAAAACCUCCAUGCUUUUUGCGCAAGUUUUCUCCAGAUGGUCGUUUUUUCAUUGCUUUUUCUUCGGAUCAGACUUCGAUAGAAAUUUAUGAAUUUCGAGGUUCGGCGGCUGCAGAGGAUCUUUUGAAAAAUGUUACAGGCGAAUUCCUUCCAGGAAAUAAUGACGAGCUUUCAGUCAAUGUUCGCAGCAAAUUGUUUGAGAGAUUUUUCAAACUUCGACACACAACGACUGUAGCAACAGGCGGUGAACAUCUCAACAGGGAAUGCAGUCUUUUCACCGAUGAUGGGAAUUACGUGAUUGUGGGCUCGGCUGUUUACGUUCCCGAAGACCCUCACCCGUUCUUUUAUGACAUGUACAGAAACAAUGAAUCUGUGUCGCCUAAUCCAAGGUCACCUCUUGAGGAUUACUCCCUCCAUUUGGUCGAUCUUGAAAGUGGACAGCUGUGUGAUAGACGGAAGUUCAAGUGUGACAAAAUAUUUCUCUCUCACAACCAAGGUUUGUAUCUGUACAGAAACAUUCUUUCAGUGUUGUCGGUACAACAACAGACAAUUCACAUAUUCCAGGUAGCUUCCAAUGGAACGUUUGUUGACGUCCGGAGCAUUGGGCGAUUCUGUUACGAAGAUGAUGAGUUGCAUUUCCGUCAGGGUUUAGACCCGGUCACAAGGAAUGAAGAUUUCAAUAAACCUUACAGCAUCGAAUCUCUCAACUCACUCAAGCAUCGCUUGCUAGUCUUUCUGUAUUCCAAAGCCAAACUGGAAGGGAGUGAAUUUGCUCUGCGCAAGUUCUAUCAGUACUUCGACCAGUUCCGGGCUUUACGCAUGUGGAAGAUGCAGCUGCUGGAUGAGAACCACCUCCUCAUCAAGUACGCAAGUGAAGACGUUGUCACUUUAAAGAUCCCUGAUCCCAAUUCUCAGCCGUCUUUCUUUGUGGUGUACGACAUGCUCAGCACACAGGUCCUUGCCGUGUUCGAGAACACGUCCGAGGAAUUGCUGGAAAUGUUUGAAAACUUCUGUGAUCUGUUCCGAAAUGCCACGCUGCACAGCGAGGCUCAGUUCACGUGCUCCGUAUCCAGCAACCUCUACGCCUGGCAGAUCCAGCAGCGGUUCAAGCAGACGAUCAUCAAUGCCAAGUUUGGAGGACACACAGAAGCGAUUCGGCGACUUCUGGCUCAGCUGCCAAUCAGUGCCCAGUCGUACAGCAGUAGUCCAUACCUAGACUUGGCACUAUUCAGUUACGACGACAAGUGGGUGUCAGUCAUGGAACGACCAAAGGCAUGUGGGGAUCAUCCAAUUCGCUUUUACAGCAGGGACUCUGGUUUACUCAAGUUCAAAAUCUAUGCCGGUGUGCUGGGUCGCAGCCACCCUCCAACUGCGAGGCGCUUGGUGGCAUUUACCUUCCACCCCAGCGAGCCAUUCGCAAUCAGUGUACAACGGACAAACUCAGAAUAUGUUGUCAAUUUCCAUAUACGCCAUUGUGUAUCUCAGUGAAAUAAAGUGUGUGGAUGUGUUACGCACAAACGUGUAUAAGAAAUGCAUUUUCGUGUCCCAAAUUGGACUGCAUAAAGUGUGUUUGUUGGUGGUAUUAAAGUGAUUGUUAUGAUCUGCAUCAUUUCUGUACUGAUACAUUCAUAUGGUUUAAGCUGUAAUUGCUGAAAUACUACUGAAGUUACAUUUCAUCAACAUUCAAUGAAAACAUUAAUUUAACUUUAAGUGUCGGUAUGCAAGGUGGACCUUUUAUUUUGUUGUCAAGACACAGUGAAUUUGGUUUAAAAUUUUCAAAGAUAUUUCGCCAAAUUGCCAAGUGUAUUUAUCCAGGUUAACACCUGGUAUUAAAUAGUGAUAUAAUCA